GGGGAGGCCUUAGCUCUGGGCGGGCGGCGGCUGCUGCAGCGGGACCCGGGAGCGGGGCCCGGCGCCGCCCGGGCCGCGGGGCGAUGUGAGCCCCAGGUGUAUCCCAGAGGGAUCCGGGUGACUUCUCUGCAGACCUGUUUGCCAUGACAGCCCAGCAAGGACGGGGGGAAUAAAGUGGGAACCCUUCCCCAUGCCCUUCCCAAUGGCCUGGGUGAGGGCAGGCUGGCUGCUCUGACACCAUGGGGAGCUGCUGCAGCUGCCUGAACAGAGACAGCGUUCCGGACAACCACCCCACCAAGUUCAAGGUGACAAAUGUGGAUGACGAGGGGGUGGAACUGGGCUCUGGGGUGAUGGAGCUGACGCAGAGUGAGCUGGUGCUGCACCUGCAUCGGCGUGAGGCCGUCCGCUGGCCCUACCUCUGCCUGCGGCGCUAUGGCUAUGACUCCAACCUCUUCUCCUUUGAGAGUGGCCGCCGAUGUCAGACAGGUCAGGGAAUAUUUGCAUUUAAGUGUUCCCGGGCUGAGGAAAUCUUCAACCUCCUUCAGGAUCUGAUGCAGUGCAACAGCAUCAAUGUGAUGGAAGAACCUGUCAUCAUCACCCGCAGUAGCCACCCCGCUGAGCUUGACCUCCCUCGAGCCCCCCAGCCACCCAGUGCUCUAGGCUACACUGUCUCCAGCUUUUCCAAUGGCUGCCCUGGAGAGGGCCCACGAUUCUCAGCUCCCCGGCGGCUCUCAACGAGCAGCCUACGGCACCCCUCGCUUGGGGAAGAGUCCACCCAUGCCCUCAUUGCUCCUGAUGAGCAGUCCCACACCUAUGUCAACACACCGGCCAGUGAAGAUGACCACAGGGGCCGCCACUGCCUGCAGCCCCUGCCUGAGGGUCAGGCACCCUUCCUCUCGCAGGCCCGGGGUCCUGACCAACGGGACCCACAGGUGUUCUUGCAGCCAGGCCAGGUGAAGUUUGUGUUGGGCCCGACCCCUGCUCGGCGGCACAUGGUGAAGUGCCAGGGCCUCUGUCCCAGCCUCCAUGACGCCCCACACCACAAUAAUAACAAUGAGGCCCCUUCCGAGUGCCCAGCCCAGCCCAAGUGCACCUACGAGAACGUCAGCGGGGGGUUGCGGCGAGGGGCCGGCUGGAGACUGAGCCGAGAGGAGCCGGGCUGGAAUGGCCUUGCCCACCGCCGGGCCGCCCUGCUGCACUAUGAGAACCUGCCCCCGCUGCCCCCUGUGUGGGAAAGCCAAGCCCAGCAGCUGGGAGGGGAGGCUGGGGAUGAUGGGGACUCAAGGGAUGGGCUCACCCCCUCUUCCAAUGGUUUCCCUGAUGGUGAGGAGGAUGAGACCCCACUGCAGAAGCCCACCAGCACCCGGGCCGCUAUCCGCAGCCACGGCAGCUUUCCUGUGCCACUGACCCGCCGCCGCGGCUCCCCAAGGGUCUUCAACUUUGAUUUCCGCCGGCCGGGGCCCGAGCCCCCAAGGCAACUUAACUACAUCCAGGUGGAGCUAAAGGGCUGGGGUGGAGACCGCCCUAAGGGGCCCCAGAACCCCUCGAGCCCCCAAGCCCCCAUGCCCACAACCCACCCUGCCCGAAGCUCAGACUCCUACGCCGUGAUUGACCUCAAAAAGACAGUGGCCAUGUCCAACCUGCAAAGAGCUCUGCCCCGAGACGAUGGCACCGCCAGGAAAACCCGGCACAACAGCACCGACCUGCCUCUGUAGGGACAUCCCAGUCCUCACCACCCUCUGCCCCACCGUGAUCCAGCCUCUGCCUCACACUCCUGUCCUCUGAACCCACCCUCCCCAGGGUUCAGGGUUGCUUUGCAGAAGGCAUGGAGGUGGGACUAGAUGCUUCCCUGUGCUGGCUGGAGUCCCCAGAGAUAUCAGCCGCCGAGUCUCCUGGUCUGCCUCCAGGCUGGGGAGAGAAGGGUGACCAGGCGAGGAGGGAGCCGAGACAUCAACUGUGAAGGGUUCCUGUGAUUGCGUUUAGUGCCCUCCCGUUCUGUCCAUUUGUCUUGUCUGCUGACUGUCUGUGUGUGUUUUUUUUGGUUGGAAUUUUGAAACAUUUUGUACCUGUUGAUUUUAUUUAUCAGUUUAUUUUUCUAUUUAUUGUUGUAAAUGUAAUUUAACAUAUUUAUUAUUAAUAUAAUUAUUUUUAAAUUCUG